AUGGUGAGCAAAGCUGAGUUUGAAGCUCUUACUAAACAACUAACAUCAAUUAUUCAGUCUAAUGAGAAUCUAGCAAAGGAGGUGUUAGAAAUUAAAGCCAAGCAAGAUUCGCCAAAGUUAUUGGAAGAAUUCAAGGACCAAUCAACUAGAUCUGGUGGACCAAUACUCAACAAUCCAUUGGUUCAUAAUACACAUGAGAGAAUUGUUGGUCAGUUUCUACCUGGUGAGAAUUCUAAUUUUGCUCAUACACACAAACUUAAGGUUGAUGUUCCUAGAUUUGAUGGGGUUAAUUCUAGGUCUUGGGUAAGGAAGUGUACCAAGUAUUUUCAGUUGCAUCAAAUGAAUGAGGAACAAAAGGUACAUGUAGCUUCCAUGUAUUUAGAAGGUAAGACAGAUGUAUGGCUUCAUGAUUAUCAAGUUGGGAAGGAGGUUGUUAGGUGGGAAACGUUUAUGAAGGAUAUUUGUUCUCAUUUUCAAGAGUUGGGUCAUGAUGACAUAGUAGGGGAGUUUAAUAAAUUGAGUCAAGUAGGUACUGUUUCAGAGUACCAAGAAAUAUUUGAGGAAUUCAAGGCACUAAUGUUAGCUAAGAAUAAGCACCUCACCGAGGAUUACUUCACAUCAAGCUUUAUCAGUGGGCUGAAGGAAGAAUUAAGAAUUGUGGUACAAAUGUUUUCCCCAGCUACUUUGGAAAAGGCAAUCUACUUGGCAAGAAUGCAUGAGAUGCUUCUUGACAGUUCCAACAAGAAGGCUAAGAUUAACAGACCACCACCAUUGUACAUUCCCCAGAGCCACAUGAAUACAGUGCAUAGCCCAAAAUCUACAUCACCUUCACCUAGAGGCACAAUUCCUACUAGUCCAAAGUUUCCUCCAAUAAGAAGACUCACUUAUGCUGAAAUGAAGACCAGAAAGGAUAAGGGAUUAUGCUAUAAUUGUGAUGAAGAAUUCAAGGUUGGUCACAAAUAUAAGGAUGUGGAGAUAUCAGUUCAUGCCCUGGCAGGUAAUACAUCACCAAGCACCAUUAAGGUUCAUGGCAUGACUCUAAAUAAACACGCUAUUACUAUUCUGGUAGACAGUGGACGCACACACAACUUCCUAGACCCUGAGAUUACAAGAUUAAGUGGCCGUCAUGUUGAACCAACUGCUAAUUUCCAAGUAGCUUUGGCAGAUGGAAACAAGUUAGUAAGCUCUUCCAAAUGCCCAAAUUUUCAGUGGGCAAUGCAAAACAAUAAUUUCCAGUUGGACAUGAGAAUACUACCUUUAGGAGGUUGUGACAUGGUACUAGGUGUUGGUUGGAUGAAAGGAAUCAGUCUAGUGAAGUUUGACUUCAAGAAGUUAACCAUCACCUUCAGCUCAAAGGGGAAGGAUGUAAUGCUGCAAGGAAUUACUGAGUCAUCCAUCCUUUCACUCAUGACAGGAAAGGAGUAUGCAAAAUACAGGAGGAAACACAAGCAUGGAUUAAUGGGACAUUUAUUCUCUAUCUCUGGUGAAGAAAAACAAUCCUUAUCCCCCCCUUCCCUCCAACCACUUUUAGAUUCUUUUAAAUCCAUUUUCCAGGAGCCAACUCACCUACCACCCACCAGAAGUCAUGACCACCAUAUACCAUUACAACCACUUUCAUCCCCACCAAACCAAAGGCCUUAUAGAAUUCCUUUCAUUCAAAAAUAUGUAGUGGAAAAACUAGUUCAAGAAAUGUUAGCUUCUGGUGUUAUCAGGCCAAGUCAUAGUCCCUUCUCAUCUCCAAUAUUGUUGGUCAAGAAGAAGGAUGGAAGUUGGAGGUUUUGUGUAGAUUAUAGGAGGCUUAAUGAACUCACAAUCAAGAACAAAUAUCCAAUACAUGUCAUUGAUGAGAUUCUUGAUGAAUUGAAGGGUGCAAAGGUGUUUUAUAAGAUAGAUUUAAGGGAUGGGUAUCAUCAUAUAAGAGUUUCUCCAGCUGACAUACAGAAAACAGCAUUCAAGACACACCAGGGGCACUAUGAAUUUUUGGUAAUACCAUAUGGGCUUACAAAUGCUCCAGCAAGUUUUCAAACUUUAAUGAAAUAUAUAUUCCAGCCUUAUCUAAGGAAAUUCAUCUUAGUGUUCUUUGAUGAUAUACUCAUCUACAGUCCUAACGUGGAAACUCACAUUAAACACUUAACCAUCACCUUGGAGUUACUCAAGCAGCAUUCCCUAUUUGGCAAGAUCAGAAAAUGCUCUUUUGGACAAUCACAGAUUGAUUAUGUGGGGCAUAUCAUAUUUGGUGAUGGAGUAGCAGCUGAUCCUGAGAAGAUUGCCUGCAUGGUUAAAUGGCCAGUUCCUAAUACUCUUAGGGAUCUCAGAGGGUUUUUAGGUAUUACAGGGUACUACAGGAAGUUUGUUAAGGAUUAUGGCCUCAUUUUGGCAACAAAUGCUUGUGAUGUUGGAGUUGGAGGUGCAUUGAUGCAGGAGAAGAGACCAAUAGUCUUCUUUAGCAAAGGUAUGGGAAGUGGAUUCUUGGCUAUGUCUACUUAUGAAAAGGAAAUGAUGGCCAUUGUACUAGCUGUCUCAAAAUGGAGAACUUAUUUACUUGGUAACAAGUUCACCAUAUACACAUACCACCAAAGUAUUAAGUACUUUAUGGACCAGAGGAUCCAUUCAGUGUUACAACAGAAGUGGCUCUCUAAGCUUUUGGAUUACACUUAUGAACUUAAAUACAGGAAGGGUGCUGAUAACUUAGUGGUUGAUGCAUUAUCUAGAGUUAAGUUUGGAGGGGACAGUUCUUGUCAUGCAUUGACUCAAGUACAGCCAUCAUGGUUACAAGGAAUCCAAGACAGUCACAUUGAUGAUGCCAUAGCUGGAAAGUGGAUACCUGAGCUAACCACCAAGAGCCAAGAAACAAGAUAUUUUAUUUAUCAGCAAGGAAUUUUGAGGUACAAGAAGAGGAUAUAUAUUGGCCAAACUGGUGACUUGAGAAAGAAAGUACUAGAGGCCCUACACUCUUCUCCAGUUGGAGGACACUCAGGGGGGAAAACAACUUAUCAGAAAGCUAAACUCUAUUUUUAUUGGGCAGGGAUGAAACAACAUAUCCUUACAUAUGUCAUGGAAUGUGAUGUCUCCCAACAACAUAAAAAUUUCAACACUUCACCAGUUGGUAUGCUUCAACCCCCACCCAUUCCAAAUCAGGAUUGGGAGCACAUCUGUAUGGAUUUCAUUACAGGACUUCCAAAAUCAGAAGGAAGGGAAGUCAUAUUAGUAGUGUUUGGUAUCCUAUCUUCUCAAGCAGGUAUUCAUGCUGUAGUUGAGGAUUAUCUACAUCAGAGACAAGAAAUGGCUCAAGUUCUUAACGAGGCUUUGUAA